AUGGGGCUCGAUUUGGGAGCCCUCGCUCUCAAGUACACCGGGCUGGCGGUGUCGGACCACGACUCCAUCGUCGCCAUCAACAUCUUCAUCGCGCUGCUCUGCGGCUGCAUUGUCUUCGGCCACCUGCUCGAGGGGAACCGCUGGGUCAAUGAGUCCACCACCGCGCUUGUCCUGGGCCUCAUCACCGGUGGUGUCAUUCUGAUCUGCACCAAAGGGGUGAACUCGCGCAUCCUUAUCUUCAGCGAGGAUAUUUUCUUCAUCUACUUGCUCCCGCCCAUCAUUUUUAACGCCGGGUUUCAAGUAAAGAAAAAGCAAUUCUUCCGCAACUUUGCGACAAUUAUUUUAUUUGGUGCUGCUGGAACACUGAUAUCCUUUGUAAUAAUCACGUUCGGUGCUAUGGGAUUGUUCAGCAAACUUGAUGUUGGUCCACUCGAGCUUGGGGACUAUCUUGCAAUUGGGGCUAUCUUCUCAGCAACAGAUUCUGUUUGCACCUUACAGGUGCUUAACCAGGAUGAAGCACCCCUACUGUAUAGUCUAGUUUUUGGUGAAGGUGUUGUUAAUGAUGCUACAUCAGUUGUGCUCUUCAAUGCAAUUCAAAACAUUGAUAUUAAUCAUUUUGAUGUCUUCGUUCUACUACAAUUCAUCGGAAAAUUCCUCUACCUAUUCUUCACCAGCACCGUUCUUGGAGUAGCUGCUGGGUUGCUUAGUGCAUACAUUAUUAAGAAACUUUGUUUUGCAAGACACUCAACUGACAGAGAAGUUGCUAUCAUGAUACUCAUGGCAUACCUUUCGUAUAUGCUGUCAAUGCUGCUGGAUCUGAGUGGCAUUCUAACCGUGUUCUUCUGUGGAAUAGUAAUGUCACAUUACACUUGGCAUAAUGUCACAGAAAGCUCAAGGGUUACUACCAAGCAUACUUUUGCAACUUUAUCAUUCAUUGCUGAGAUUUUUCUUUUUCUCUAUGUCGGGAUGGAUGCAUUGGACAUUGAUAAAUGGAAAUUAGCUAGUAGCAGUCCUAAGAAACCAAUUGCUUUAAGCGCUGUUAUAUUGGGUUUGGUUAUGGUUGGAAGAGCAGCAUUCGUAUUCCCUUUAUCUUUUCUAUCGAACUUAAGUAAAAAAGAGUCACAUCCAAAGAUUUCCUUCAACCAACAGGUUAUCAUAUGGUGGGCAGGUCUCAUGAGAGGAGCAGUUUCAAUUGCACUUGCUUAUAACACUUUGCAGUUUACAACAUCUGGUCAUACUGCUGUGCGAGUUAAUGCUGUCAUGAUCACCAGCACAAUCAUUGUUGUUCUGUUCAGCACAAUGGUUUUCGGCUUGCUGACUAAGCCUCUGAUUAAUCUCCUCAUCCCACCAAGACCUGGCACCGCAGCUGAUAUCUCAAGCCAGUCAUUCCUAGACCCACUUACGGCGAGCUUGUUGGGGUCGGACUUCGAUGUAGGCCAGCUCACCCCCCAAACAAACCUUCAGUAUCUUCUCACCAUGCCAACUCGCUCGGUUCAUCGUGUAUGGCGCAAGUUCGAUGAUAAGUUCAUGCGCCCAAUGUUUGGGGGAAGAGGCUUCGUCCCAUUUGUGCCUGGUUCACCCAUAGAGAGGAGCGUCCAUGGGCCUGGCUUGUUGGGCACUGUGACGGAGGCAGAAGACCGUAGUUAA